AUGUCACCUCCUAAGCAUUUCCUCGUUGGUGGCGCAACUGGCCGUCAAGGCGGAGCUGUUGUCAAUGCACUGCUUGGCAAUCCCGAACUUAAUAUCGAGUCCAAGAACGUUUGGGCCAUCACCCGGGACCCAGCUGGUGCAUCCGCCAAACGCCUCACUUCCACAUGGCCUGGUAUCAAUCUCGUUGUUGGCGACUUGAAUAAGCCUGAUGAGCUAUUUCAGCAGCUCGGCACUAGCAUCUCUCCUCACACAGCUGUCUUUCUUGCGCAAGCCCAUGGUCCUACCGAGCUUUUAGAAGCAAAAGGCUUUAUCGAAGCAGCUUCCGCACAUGGUGUUGCUUACUUUGUCUACUCGUCCGUCGAUCGUGGUGGUCGACAACUCAGCGACUCCGACCCAUCAUAUUGCAAAACAUUCUCUGACAAGUUCUACAUCGAAAAGCAUCUGAAGCAGGUCGCAGCUCAGGAGAAAAGAAUGGACUACACCGUCAUCCGCCCAGUUUGGUUCGCAGAUAACGCACAUUGGGGCUUUCCUGGCAAACUUUGUAUGACUGGCUGGAGAGACUGGAUGAAGGGCAAAAGGUUGCAAGUCGUGACAACGAAGGAUAUUGGAAGAUGGGCUGCUGAGGCUCUCGUUAGGCCUGACAGGACUGGCAUCCGCAACGAAGCACUCUCAAUUGCAAGCGACGAGUUAAGCUUCCAAGAGAUAGACUUGAUUUUCAAGAAAAAGACUGGUAAGGGUGUGCCUGUGACUUUUGGGUGGGCGACUUGGUUGAUUAUUUGGUUGGUGAAGGAUUUGAAUACCAUGUUUUCCUUCAUCAACGAGAGGGAUUAUGGCGCAGACUUGCCUUGGCUAAAGACACAGCUCGAACCGACCACUUUUGCACAAUGGGUCGAGACGCUCCCUUAG